GUGUACUGUGAAUAUGGCAUGGUACAUGUUCUGUCAGAAAAGGGGAGCAGUAAAGGGAAAGACUACUGUAUCCUUUUCAACUCUCAAUGGGCCCAUUUACCACAUGACCUUGGCAAAGCUUCCCUUUUGCAGCUUCAGGAUCAGACAACAUCUGUCUUGUGUUCUCCUUCUGAUGUGCCUGAUGGGGGAUUUAAUAAUAGAAUCCCCAUGGUGAUGCGGGGGAACUGCACCUUCUAUGAAAAAGUGAGGCUUGCUCAGAUCAAUGGAGCACGUGGCUUGCUGAUAGUUAGCAGAGAGAGACUGGUUCCUCCAGGAGGUAAUCGGAGUCAGUAUGAAGAGAUUGAUAUUCCUGUGGCUCUUCUCAGCUACAAUGACAUGUUAGAUAUUGGCAAGAGUUUUAGCAGAUCAGUGAAGGUGGCAAUGUAUGCACCAAAUGAACCUGUGCUUGAUUACAACAUGGUGAUUAUUUUUGUAAUGGCAGUGGGCACUGUUGCAACUGGAGGCUAUUGGGCAGGAAGCAGGGAUGUGAAAAAGCGAUAUAUGAAGCACAAACGUGAUGAUGGGGCAGAGAAACAUGAAGAUGAAACUGUUGAUGUCACUCCGAUCAUGAUCUGUGUAUUUGUGGUGAUGUGCUGCUCAAUGCUCGUCCUUCUUUAUUUCUUCUAUGACCAAUUAGUUUAUGUUAUCAUAGGUAUUUUUUGCCUGGCCGCUUCCAUUGGUCUCUACAGUUGCCUGUCUCCUUUUGUAAGAAGAUUCCCAUUGGGAAAAUGCAGAAUCCCAGAAAACAACUUGCCAUAUUUUCACAAGCGUCCACAAGUCCGGAUGUUGCUUCUAGCAGCAUUCUGUAUCUCUGUCAGUGUGCUCUGGGGAAUCUUCAGAAAUGAAGAUCAGUGGGCCUGGGUCCUGCAAGAUGCUCUAGGAAUUGCCUUCUGUCUUUACAUGUUGAAAACAAUCCGCCUACCUACAUUCAAGGGCUGCACCUUACUCCUGCUGGUUCUUUUUAUAUAUGAUGUGUUCUUUGUAUUUAUCACACCUUUCCUGACAAAGACUGGGGAGAGUAUAAUGGUAGAAGUGGCUGCAGGCCCAUCUGAUUCUGCUACUCAUGAAAAGCUCCCAAUGGUCCUGAAAGUUCCAAGACUGAACUCUUCACCCUUGGCUCUUUGUGAUAGGCCUUUCUCACUCCUAGGAUUUGGAGACAUCUUAGUUCCAGGCUUACUGGUAGCUUACUGCCAUAGAUUUGAUAUCCAGGUGCAAUCCUCCAGAGUCUAUUUUGUAGCCUGCACUAUAGCAUAUGGCAUUGGCCUUCUGGUGACUUUUGUAGCCUUGGCAUUGAUGCAGAUGGGUCAGCCAGCUCUCCUCUACUUGGUACCCUGUACUCUUAUCACUAGCUUUGCUGUUGCUCUUUGGCGAAAGGAGCUUACAAUGUUCUGGACAGGCAGCGGCUUUGCGAAAGACCUACCUCAUCCUCCUUUGGUGUUGGCUCCCAUCAGCUGUCCUGAACCCCCCAAAGAUGUAAAUGCACCAGCAUCUCAACAAGAAGCAGAACAAAUGACCAACCCCACACUUCAUGCAAAGGACCAAAGUAAUGCUACCCUGAGUGUAGAGGAGACCCAGAACCCCUCCCCAAAUACUGGGGAGCUGACUGAUCCCAGCACACAACUAGAACAACCAAAAAAUUCCAGCUCACAUAUAGAAGAAUCAGCUAAUCAAAACAAGGACAACUGUGAAAGCAAAAGUGUUGAAGUAGAAAAGAACCAGUUGGACUAGAAGAUGUAAUAGGAAACCCUCUUUCCCCUCCCCCUUUUUUUCUGCAUAAAACCAGUAAGUAAUUAGACUGGUUCUGUAGUGGUCAUACUCGCUGAAGAACCUCACUGGGAAUCUGAUCAUCAAAUUCAAGAAUACUCUGCCUCCAACUUCAGAUACAGCUGUGCACUUCAAACACCUUUCUGAAAUAUGGUGCUUUACCAAGGUUCUGAUGUAUGAAUUUUAGCGAUCAUUUUAUUAGUGGAUGCCUUUUACCUGUUCCUAUUUCAUUAUACCAGGAUACCAGUAAGAACUUUUAUGUAUAUGGCACUCUGCGCUUGUGUGGCUGUGGUGCUGCUUUAACAUAGUGUAGGUUAAUAUGGAAGAAAAGCAGUGGACAAACCUGCUACAAUGCAAUGCUGAGAGGAAGUAGAGUAGUUUUAGCACUUUCCCUUCUGAGACUAUUUUCUACUUGUAAAAGCCAUUGAUGCAAGUGAAUGGUUUAGUAUAAACUUAUGCUCCAGCAAUGCUAAGAACUGGCUAAAUUACGAGCCUUCUGAAAGGAUUUAUAUUACCAUGGUCAUUAAAUUAAUCUCUUAACUUUUUGUUUGUUUGUUUUACUACUAGGUACUGGGUUGGAUUAUAGUCUAGCUCAGUGGUGCUCACAUUUUUGGACCCCAUGGACCAGAUGAAUGGCAUGGAGCCAGUCCAUGGACCAGGUUGGGUCUGCACCACCUCCAUGCACUGGGACCAGGCUCUGGGGCCCACGCCACCCUGACCAGGCUGGAGCCCUAUCCCAGUGUACAGGGGGCAGCACAGGGCCUGAUCCAGCCUGUGAGCCAUCCAGCCGAUAUUGGGCUCUGUGCCAUCAUAGCCCAGCCCCCCAUACACCAGUGUCAGGCGCUGUACCACACUAGACACCUGAUCUAGCGCACAGGGCUCCCCACAGAAUCCAGUUGGGAGCCCCACAGGCUGAAUUACAAAGGGCCAGGGGCUGGAUCCGGCCCAUGGCCUGGGGAUUGAGCACCCUUGAUCUAGAUUAAAAGGCAGGAUGAGUGGAUCUACUAGAAGCAUCAUAAGCAUUCAUAUGAAUUCUAUGGCUGUCUUUGAAAAAGUAUCGAUUGAUUAGACUUUCCAGAGUCUGACACAAUAGAUAGAGUCAUUAUGUAUGUUGGUUUAAAAAGAGAGCCCCUUAUUUGUCUCACAGAUCAGGAAAUAACAUUAAUUCGUGGUUACAGAAUUGUCUCUUGGGAAAUUUUGAAGACAAACUGAUAUGAGAAAUUCAGCUAUUUUCUGUGAGCCUCUACUUACACUUGUUAUCAAUAUAGGUUUGAUUUCUAAUGUUGAAGAAAAUAGUUUGAUGUUCUCUUUUUCAAAGGAGCAUGUGUGAUUUAACAGUUAGUUUGUUUGUAUAUAUUGCUUGGAUUUAGGAAUUAGUUACAAUUUUGUAACUGGUCAUCCAGCUCAAGCCAUAUUUUGUCUUUAUCCCAGGCGUGACCCAAGUGUGAUCUGCAAGGUUCUAAAAUGAGGCAGUGACCAUCCUGACUUUUCCUUGUGCUGGAGAGUAAAGGUCCUACCUUGCAAUGUCAGGGUUGCAUCGUCACAGUGAAGAUGAAGGAAACUACAGUCUGUUCAGUUUUAACAUAAUUAGGCACAGCUGGUUUUAGCAAGCUGCCAGUACAGCUUGAAAUAUCCCAAAUGUGGACAUUUCUUAAUUUCUGAUUAAUUUCCCUAGGCAUUAAUGGUGAUGUAGAGGGACAGUUUAGUCAGAUUAACAUUGGAUUAUAUAAAAUCAAUUUUGUGUGAGAGAGUACUGAAUCAAGGCAAUUUAAUUUAUUUUAAGACAUUAAAUUCUGUUUUGAACUUUAUACAUUCCAGUCCAUUAAAAACAAUAUCCUGAAAAUAGAAUGUGAUUUGUUAACUCAAGUGGCAAAGGCAUCCCUCUGCCACUCAUAAAUACUACCCUUCUGAGCAAAGAUAUCUUGCACAGCAGUGUGGCACUUUGAAGAGUGUAAUCUCAGUAUUAAUGUACAGAGCAAUGCAUUUACAUUAAGAAGCUUCCACUGGCUUGUUGGGUCAAAUUCUGAAAGACUUUUCUUUAGUAUCUGUGGACACAGAUCCCAUGUCAACUCUGACUGCGCUUUCUAAAAGUUUGCAUUGUAUCUUUUGUACUGUAAAUUUGUUUGCUUUCUCUCUAUCACCUCAUGUUAGGUGGACAGUAUUUUUUUCCAGGAUAAUGAAAGCCUAUUUAUAAAAUCACAUUUUGGGGUCAGCAGUUUACCAGUUUCUGCAUAAGCCUGGGGGACCUUAACCUAGGCCCUAUCUACCAAGUUGAGUGAACUCUGGGUAAAAUGAUAGUGAGUUUCUUUAAAAGUUUCCUGUAUUCUGGAGCCUGUGAUAUAUUUAGUCUGGUUUUCAAAUGAACCAAAUGCAACGUGAUGAGUAGUGCUGAGAUUUUUCCCAUUUUAUUUUCCCCUCUCCUGUUUGGUCUAUAUUACAGUUUGUGACACUUCAUCACUGGGAAUUACCUGUACUCUCAGCUUUUAGAGAACUUUAAAGGCACUUGGAGCACCACAAAUGUGUUGUCUGUCCAUACCCUGAGACUAAUCUGAACCAGACUCUAGGUACGCAGAACAUUAGAGAAGCUUCUGUUGGACACUUCAACCAGUUCUAUUAUGCCUUAAUGUAAGCCAUUUUAUAAAUAUAUUAUAAAUUAUAAAUAUGUUAAACAUUUAUAGAAGAAAAACUAUCUUUAAAUAAACUUGACAAAUGCCAGCAAAAUGAGAGUUGAGCUUAGUGUGUCAUGAAAUCUGAAUUUCCUCUUGGUUCGAUUUUCUUUCAGCCACGUUAACUAUUAUUUUUAUAUAUUUAUUAUUCCGCCAGAGUUCAGACAGUAAAGUUUUAUCUAUCUCCUUGAAACUUAAAUUUUAAAAUUUGUUCUUAUUUCUACUAGGAAAUUACAGAAAUUGGUACAUUAGAAGGGGAAAAAAACUAUUUCUUUCCUAUGUUGUUCAUAAUACAAAUGAAAUAAAAGAAUUUAUAACAUUAGAACUCAUUUGUAAUAGACAUUAUCAAGUCAUCUUUAUUGGUAGUCUUGGCUAACCUGCUUAGAAAAGAUCAUUUUACCCUUGCUUUUGAGAAUUAUCGCGUCAAUUGUGUGUGAACUUCAUCUCCUAUAAAGACUGAAGUGAGAACAUUUGAUGCUUUUAGCAUACUAAAAUGCAAUAUUUCUGGUUCUAGAAUGUGAACUAGAGUUAUGAGUCCCAUUCAUUGACGAUUACAAUAUUGUAUAAAUCAAAUUGCUCUAAUACAUUGGUUUUCAACCUUUUUUUCAUUUGUGGACCCCUAAAAAAUGUUGACUAGACAUGCUGAGCCCUUUGGAAAUUUUGAAUGGCGGUGCAGACCCGUUUGAAUUGUAAGCGUGGGUAUUCGCAUACUUUUGAUUGAUCAUAGUCAUCUUUCCCUUAGAUAGAUAUAAUGUGUGAACCCCGGUCCACAGACAACAGGUUGAAAACCACUUCUCUAAUAUAUGUGUUUGGCCUCUGAACCUAUGUAGUGCUGUAACAGUCUUUUCCAUUAGAGCCAAGGCUGCAUUUUCUAUUUUAUUUCUUAAACAAAAAAACUCCUUGAUGGGUUUGUCCCUUAAAAUUCACCAUUGGAAAGAGGUAAGAGUCUCAAAAGUAUGAUUUCUUAUCUAACAGCAAUGUUGUCAGUCUAACAGCUAACUAUUAUUGAAAUGUACCUUUUAGAAGUUACAUUGAGGUGAGUGAUUAAGGAAGGGCGGUUAGUGCCUGAAAGCUUGUUUAACCCCUCUCCCAUCCGGUCCAGUAAAAGAUGCUACAAAAACCCUUGCCUCAUACAUUUCCUGGAACAUCACAGCUACAACAGUCUGUCCCCUCUACUCAUUAUAUUGGUUAUAAUGUUUAUAUCCUUCACAUAGCUCAUUUUCUGUUAAGCAGAUAUAAAAAUCUGCUUAAAGAAAAUUAAGAAAUCAAAGAAUUUACUUCCACAGAUCUGUAUGUCUGCAGUUAAAAACACUUGUUUUCAUUGCACAAGCUUUUAUUGAUCUUUACUCCUUUGAUCACUCUGGCACAAGGAGAAAGAGAGAGUCUCCUUACUGGCUCUGGUAUCACUACAUUGCAAUUAAUACCCCAAAUUCUAUGUUCAGUUACACUAUGUAAAUUUUCAUUAAAAUAUUUUUAAGUAAAAUCUUUCAGUAUUAAUAGGAACAUCUAUAUCCUGCUUCUAAAGAUGGCAGUAGAAAUAAGCCACAAACCUUCACAAGAGGAGGAAUUUAAACUUGUGAAACCACUAACACAGCAGCUGGAGACGUUGAUAAGUUCCCCCAGGCAGAUGAGAAUUCCACAUCCUCUUCCCCUCCAUGCUCCUCUGCCUUAACCAUCUCUGAUUUGUUGUUAUAGCUGAUUUUGACAUCUCAGCUAAAUGUUCCUUUUCUUUAGAUUUUACAAAUUUCCUUAGGGUACAAUAUCCCUCUUUCUCCCUCACGUUCAAACUGUCAUGCUUUUCUCAGAAGUGCUUAUUGCCAUGAUAAAGAUUUGUUUUUGCACCCACGGUAGGUGAGAUUCAGAUCACAGAGCUCCGUUGUAAUGAUGGUAGUAUCUAUUCUUACUGAAGUGUCUUGGAAGGGAAUAGAUCUGGAAGGUGGCAGAAAGGGCUCCAGUGAUAAUACUUCUGUUCCACAUUACCAGGACAGUAGGAGGCAGAGCUCUGAGGAUGUGGCUACAUUCACUAGGCAACUAAUAGGAAGAUGAUGAAUGUGUUUGUAAUUUUAAUUUAUCUCUUUUACUGUCCUAGACGCUUUCAUAGGCUUCUAUAAAAACAUAACAUAGAAUCAUGUUCUUGAUUUGUUUUUCACUCUUUCAUGUAGGGGCUGAAAUGGAGUUGCUGCCAGAAACUGUUUCUAUAUGAAAACACCUCAUAUUUUUUGCUUUGUGAGUUUGUUCUUUCCUCCUUUCAGCCUUUGCCUCGUGGAUGAAUUCCUGGAUAUAUUUCUGUUUUCACACCUAUUUUACAUAUUAAAAAGAAGGGCGCUGCAAUGCCCAGCUCCUGUGAGAGGAGGUAAGCACUGACUACUCCACAUGCUGGGCACCCUGUGCCUGUCCUAGUGUCCUGACACCAUUGCUUGAAGCCCUUCCCACUACCUUCAGGAGCAUGAGAGGAACAAGAAAAUGAGCUGAGCUGAAGAGCUCAGCCCCCACUCCUUCAGCAGCCUGAGCCAAAUGCUUCCAUGCUGUAAACUGCGCUUUGCCAUGGCCCACAAGCAAAUGCAAUUGUACUUUUUUAAACCUGGCUCAUUUACCAUGCUCCUGUCAUGCUCCCAGAGUUGGCAAGGAAUGGUGACCCCAGUCACUGGCAUUCAAGUCCCUGGAGGAGCAGCUUCAGUGGUGGGGGAUUGCAGUCAUCCCCUCAGGUGCAGGCCAGGAGCAGAGAGGGGGCAGACAGCAGAAUCACCAGGGCAUGGCAGAAUUUUGCUCCCUCUGCCCUCACCUGGCACCAGUCUGUCACCCCCUUCUGAGUCCUGCAGGAACAGCUGCUUCCUGCAGGGGCCUAAUAACCCACUCUGUAGUUCCUCAAUUUGCCCUGCCUAGCAGCUUCAUGCACCACCCUCCACUAUGGUCUCAUGAGUACCCUGCCCAAUGCUGCCCAUGGGAUUCUUAUAAGAGUGCCAUGGGGUGCAAGGAGGUAAGCACUGUAAGAAAUAAAUCGAUCCUUAAAUAGGAUGCCGCUAAAUUCCAAACAAGUUAUGCAAGGGUGCCUUAAUCUUUAAAAGGCAGGCAAGGUUCUUUGGGUAGAUGUGAUAUCUUUUAUUAGACCGACUAAAAUGUUGGGAAAAAGUUCUUUGCAAGUUUUCAGGCACAAAGACCCUUCAUCAGGCAUAGGGAAACUCUGCUAGUGUUAUGUGUUCUCCAAGAUAGAAAAGAAGCAAAUUUACAACAAGCAUGUCUGUGAAAAUGCAAAUCCAUAGAUCAGUGGUUUUCAACCUUACAAAGAUCAAGGCAUAUAAAGCCUUGGGAUAUAAAGCUCCAGUAACUAUAUAUAUCUUAGUCAAUUUUAUUAAUGACCAUGAAACAAAACUGAAUGUAUUUGCUACUGGUUUCCAUCAUUUAUAAUGUUAUUAUUUCAGUAUUAUUGUUAUUAAAGUAAAUGGUUAGGCAAUUAACAUGAACCUGACAAACAUUUUACUCCAAGUUUUGACUGCUACCAUGAUGCAUGCUAAGGAUGGCCAACCUGCAGCAUGGGCACCAUAAGUGGCACAGGCAGCUUCUGGGUUUAGCACAUGGCGUAUUGGGUUGGGGAGAACAGGUAGAAUAGUAGCAGGUGGGGCAGGAAGCAGAAAGUAAAGCAGCAGAUCUGUCAGGGAGCAUAAGGAUGGAAGCAGAAAGCAGAGCAGCAAAUCGGGCAGGGAGCCCAGGGCUAGGAAUAGAAAGUAGAGCAGCAGGUUGGACAGGAGAAGUGGAUCAGAAUGGCACUUAGGGAGAGUGGAGGACUAGUUUGUGGCACAUUGCCAAAUGUUUGUCCCUCACCUGUGCAUGCAAUUUUAGGGCUUUAACAUUCUAAGUUUAAUUUUCAAAUACCCUAAUGAUGACUAUGAUACACAUUGUUAAAUCUUUUUUGUUUAAAUCUGAAGAUCUAGGAUGGAUGUCAUCUUAGUCAGGUUAACUAAUUUAUGAAGUAUAUUACAGAAGUGCCUUGAAGAUCCCAUUCAGAAUCAGGACUCCAUUGUGCUGGGUGCUAUAAAAUGACAGCCAAUCUUUUGGCAUAGUUUCCAUUUUUUAUAUAUCUUUUCUUAGUUCUUGUUAAAUAUAAUUGUCUGACUUAGGCCCUCAUGUUUAUAUUUGUAUGUGAGAUUAAUUUUUUUAUCUUGUCUUUCAGUGGAAGCUCAUGAUUUAUGGACAUAUCUUGCUUACAGCUUUUAAUAAUUUGUAUUCUUUCUAAGAUCCUUAUUUUUUCCAUUUUACAAUGACCAAACCUGGGGAUAGAACAAUAAAGGAAACUCUGUUAAUACUAGUUUUACUGGAAAAGCUUCAGUCUAAAAAAUCUUCACUCUUGGAAUCAUAGAGAAGUAGGACUGGAAGGGACCUCCAUAGGUCAUCUAGUCCAACCCCCAGCCUGAGACAGAAUCUUCCCUAUCCAAACUAUCCUGUACAAACU